CACGUUAUUGCUCUGUUUACGCCUUUGCGCUUCUCCUUUUUGCCUCUGGCUGCUGCUCUGCUGGAAGGUGGGAUCCUGGGCUUUCUGGAUGCAGAGCAUCCUUGGAACCCCCAGCCAUCCAGCCAUCCAUCUCCUGCAUCCUCCUAUUUGGAAGGACCACUUGGAAAGGAUGGAGCCAGCAUCUCCAGCAUCCCUGCGCCUUUGCGCAAGGAUGCUCUGAAAGAGGACCAAGAGGGAAGGAUCUGGUGCAAAGGGGGCUGGGGAGGGAGGAGAAGGAGGGUCUUGCAACCCCCCCCUUUCCAUCAACUCUCCGCCCCCCUGAGGCUUUGGAGGCCAUGGUCCCCAAGCUGAGCAUCCUUCAUCCUUCAUUUUCAUCUUCUGCCCAGCUCCACGGAUGACUCCAAGUGGUACCCAUCGCCUCCUCUCGCCUCCUCUUUUGGCCCAGGCUCAGACUGUUAACUGCGUUGCAAUGGAGACUCUAUCCCUGGAGCACCAAAUCCAAAGUGUCCAGAGGCACAUCGCCUUCCUCAAGAAGGAGCAGAUGGAACUCCUUCAUGAUUUGCACCUGGAGAUCCUUCGCUUACAGAAGCACUGCACAGAGUUGACCCAUGAUCUUGAGAUGAAGGAAUUUGAAGCCAACCAACAAGACAUGAUUGACCAAGAACUGGAAGAAAAGUGCAAGAUCAUGGAGGCCCAGCUGGAGGAGAAAGAGAAGGACAACCUGGAGCUGCGCAAGGAGUUGAGACAUAAGGAGAGCUUGGUGGCUGCCCUCCGGUCCAACCUGAGGAGUAAAGAGAGGAAGUUCUUGGAGGAGCUGAAGAGGAGAAGCCACCGGGUCACUAUCCUCAACACGGAGCUGCAGAAGCAGACAGAGGCCGCCGCUUACCUCUCCUUCCAGCUCCAUGCAACCAAACAAAAACUUCACAGCUCCAGGCAGAGUGGGAAACUGCUGUCCGAAAGACCACCAGAGAAAGCCUUCCUUCCUCCACCUUGCGGUGAAACCAGACCCAAAAAGCGGACUCAGAAAUCCCACUCUCGCAGGCCGGCCACCAGCAACUUCCACAACAAAGGGGCCUUCAAGGACUCUUUGUCUCGGGACCGGCUGAGCAGCUUUGAAGAUGCCGAACCCAUGCCCGACCCGGCCCUUUUUUUGUACACAAAACGGCACCACGCUCCCACUCACCAUCUGAAGUCGGAGCAGAAGGCUUCAGCCUCUUCCACCAAGGCGGACGUUGACCAGAGUGCCCCCAAAACGGGUCGCUACAAGUCGUUGCGCCAGGCUUCCCAGGAGGCCUCUGAAACCAACAGCGGCGUCAGGACUUUGGGCAAACCGAGACUGUCUUCCAAAGGGGAACAGCGCAAGCGAAACAGCCCCCAAAUGUCAAAAGAAACGGAGUAAGAAAGGGGGUUUGAAAGGAGAAGGAAAAACACACAGCCAUUUUGAAGCAGGUUUCCUGAAGAUGUCACUUCCGAGGCCGAUCUUUCCAAGCGCACCCUACAUCCGAAGUUCAUUGUGGGGAAAAUGCUCAGUCCUAAGGCCUUGCAGAUACAACCGUUUUGUCUGUCGAAUACAUAUGGCAUCCGGAAUAACCCUGUGUUGCCCAGGGAACGUUGUCGGCCCCAUCGCCAUGGCCAAAGUGCCAAUGCUGAGGUUGCUUUGAACAUCGUGAAGUGAAUGUAGCAAAAAUCACUCGCCCUUGCGACAACAUUGCACAACAUUUCGGCAAAGAGGCUCAGUAAAUUGAACCUCGAGUUUCCGUGCCUUGAGAUUACAGCUUUUGGGGGUUUGGGUUUUUUUUUUCCCCAUUGCAAAUUCUUACAUGAUCUUCAAAAUAUGUGGCUUGAAAUCCAGAUUUCAGUGCCAGCCCUGAAGCUUUGGCACUGAUGUCUGGGUUUUGAUUAUCUUGAAUGUGUACUAUUCAUCCCAUCUCAAUUGGGUGUGAUUUCUUUUUAACUUAUUUCUGGCUUUUUCAUCACUGCUUGUUCUACCAUCAUCUCCAGGAGAAGAUGGCCCAGGACCAGUGGAUGUGAGUGUUUAGGGAAGCAAAUGUUACCAGAUGUGCUGAGGAGGAGUGAAGUAUUUUGAGCAGGGUAUCCUAUAAAAUAGUUUCCUAUCCUCUUCUCUGUAGGAUUACAAGAGAGCAGGAGGUUGGACAGUUGAGCGCAUUGCAAUAGUCUAAAGCCCCAUUCCCACUUACAGAUAAAUUGGUGUGCUAUCCAAAUCGAUGGAUCGAUUCAACAACGGAGCGUGGUUCCCACUACAUUUGCCCUGAUCGUAUUAUUUCCCUCCAA